CGCGCCAUCAUUGGUCGCCGGGAAGAGGAGGGCGAUGAGCGGACGGGGACGGCGGUUGGAUUUUGUCCAGGAGCAUGGUCUUGGGGGCUAUGAUUCCGAAUUCAGUGAGGAUGAAAAUGACAGUGAGACGUCCAACUGUAAAAGUCGAAGCACAAAUAAAGAUGCUGCACUACUUACGAAGCCAUUCCAGAAGGAAAAGUAUGUCCGUGUGGCUCACAAGCAAUUUGCAGCCCAAGAAUGGGACAGGGAGGAAGCAAGAAACCGACGAUUCCAUCUUAUUGCCAUGGAUGCUUAUUCCCGACACAAAAAAUACAUCAAUGAUUACUUACUGUACUAUGGUGGCUCAAAGGAAGAUUUAAAACGAUCAACGGUGAAUGAUAAAACAGACCUGGACGUGAUAAAAGAAAACCAUAGGUUUUUAUGGACAGAGGAUGAUGAAGCCGAUAUGACUUGGGAGAAAAAGCUGGCAAGGAAAUACUACGAUAAAUUAUUCAAAGAAUAUUGUAUAGCUGAUUUAAGCAGAUACAAGUGCAAUCAGUUUGGAUUUCGAUGGCGAGUGGAUAAGGAAGUGAUUUCGGGGAAAGGUCAGUUUUGCUGUGGUAGCAAACACUGUGAUGAGAAAGAAGGACUGAAAAGCUGGGAAGUUAACUUUGGUUAUAUUGAGCAAGGGGAGAAAAGAAAUGCCCUUGUAAAACUGAGAUUAUGUCCAGAAUGCUCCUAUAAACUAAACUAUCACCACAGGAGGAAAGAAGUGAAAGCAAUAAAAAGGAAACCUGGAGAGGAGGAGCACCACCAUGAAGUCCCAGCAGAAAAAAGAACCAAGACCACUGAGAAGCAUAGUUGUAAAAGCAAGGGAAAAUCCAGCAGAACAGAAAACUUUGAUUCUGACCAAGAAUCAGAAGAUAAACCAGACGCAGAGGACCCCUCGGAGGCUGAAUACUGGAAGGGGCCAGCUCAAGAUUUUGAAACUAAGACCAGGGAGGACGAAUUUGAUGAGUAUUUUGAAGACAUGUUUCUGUGACCUGUGCUUGAAGGUUAAUCACUGCAUACAGUUUAUUCCAGAAGAAGAAAAAAUUGGACAAAUUCAAAUUUUAUUUUUCACAUGAUUAACUCAGAGUGUGUUAAGUUUGAAAGUAAAGAAUACAAAAACACCAGGUGAACAUAACUACUUUGAAUAUUUCUUGCUGGAUUUGCAAAAAUUUGCAUAGAAGAGUUUCCUGUCUGCUACAAUAAAAUAUUGUAAUCAUUUUGGGAAAUGUCCGAUAUUUUCAAGUUCUGAAUAAUGUACUUUGGAGUUUUUAAGUUUCAGUUGUCAGAAUAAUCCAAUGAACAGAGAAUAUAUUUUAAUUUGGGAUAUCACAAAAUUUAAAAAAAUAAUAUUUGCUUACUGUUCUAGUGUAUGUUAGUAAGGGAAUUAUUUAUCAGUGAUUUGUCAGCAUAUUGUACAGAAGGUAAUGUUAAUAUAGGUUCUUUAAUCUUUUUAAAUGAAGAACUAGUUAUAUGCCUGCAACAAUUUUGUACUUUGGAAAUAUUUUGAAAUUUUAACAAUGUCAUUUAUUCUGUCGUAUAUUUCUUGUAACUCAAACAUGUACUGCAAUUAGUUGAAUGUUUCAUAGUAUGCAAAUAAUGUAUUUCUCAUCUGUUGCUCACAAUCUCAAUGCCUGAAACUCUUUUCUGCCUGCACAAACAUGUUUUGGCAUCUUAGGUGAAAUGGCUAAUUACCCAAUGAGAGAAUAACAUAUUGUGAAAGAUUUUAACAGACUUCAAGCUGGUUAAUAUAUGGUAAUAUAGUUCAAACCUACGUAAAUUUGGAACAGUAUGCUUCGGGGAAGAAGACCAUAGAGUGUAAAUAUCUCCUGAAGGGACAGAACAAUCAAGGGGACAGAAUUAGAUCUUUGAAAAUGGAAGUAGAGAUGCAAAAGGAAACUUGAAAUUCUGAAGCUUAAAUAAAGCAGCAAAUAUUUAAGAUAUUUGAUUAAUAUCGCAAUUAAAAUACACUUACACCUUGUUAUCAGCUGGUACACUCCCUGCGAAUCUGCAUACCUGCAAGGUCAGCCCCAGAGCCCCUUUUCUCCCAUUGACUUGUCCGGUUUGAUUGCGUGGUCCUUCGUGGUACAUUGGAGAUGUAUCUGAGUUUUAUGUUAAAUGUGUGUGAGGUCUGUGCCCCUAUCCCCUAAGGUUAACAAGACUUUGCUGUCUUGCACACAGCAUGAAUACCUGAUUAACAAUGGAAUAUUGAUACUAUAAUAAAACUAUAAAUUAGAA